UUCGUUUGUGGCUGCAGAUGCAUAUUUUGCAAAUUUAAGAGCUUCCUUCUUAUCCAACAAAAUCUUGAUUCUCUUUUGCAGCAAAAAAGAACCAAAGUGAUGAUCACUUGUAAUCAAAAUCUGCAAUAUCUUCUUAUUAACAUUCUUGUUCUUUAUGCUUUCUACUUUGGACUUUGCAUAGGAAUAUGUAACAUUACCAGCACUCAAUAUCUAAGAGAUCCAGCAACUUUAUGGUGUCCUGGUAACAUCUUCAAGUUGGGAUUUUUCAAUCCUCAAAAUAGCUCGUAUCGAUACGUUGGUAUCUGGUAUAACUUCUCUGAAACAACUGUAGUUUGGGUGGCUAAUAGAGACAAGCCUUUGAAAGAUUCUUCUGGUGUUGUUAAGAUAUCUGAGGAUGGAAAUCUUGUUGUUAUGAAUGGAGAUAAACAAACUCUUUGGUCAUCAAAUAUUUCCUCAACUUCAAACACUACAAAUUCAACUGCUCAGCUCCAAGGUGGGAAUCUUGUUUUACUUGACAACUCGAAUGGGAGCAUAAUAUGGCAAAGUUACCAACAUCCUUCUGAUACAUUCUUGCCCAAAAUGAAAAUACCUAUUAACUCUGAAAAGACAAGGGAGAAAACAGGGUUGAGAUCUUGGAAAAGCCCUUUGGAUCCAAAUUUCGGUGACUUUUCGAGUAGCAUUACCACGAUCCUUCCUCAGCUUUUUAUUUGGAAAGGGAAGUAUCCUCUCUGGAGAAGUGGUCAAUGGAAUGGUCAGAUAUUCAUUGGAGUAAAGAAUAUGCGAUCCGUGCAUACCGGUGGAUACAAUGUUGUAGAUGAUGAAGAGGGAACUGUUUAUCUUACUGGUCUUGCUGAUAGAAAGGAAGCCGUGAGAUUCACAUUGGAGCCGAAUGGGAACUUGGUUCAAUCAAAUUGGGAUGAGAAUGAGAGGAAUUGGAAGAUCCCUUGGUUAGCUAUCAGCGAUGAUUGUGAUGUCUAUGGAACUUGUGGUCCAUUUGGUUGUUGCAAUUCAUUGGAUUCACCAAUUUGUUCAUGUUUGAGAGGUUUUGAUCCAAAGAGUAGAGAAGAAUGGGAGAAAGGAAAUUGGAGUAGUGGUUGUGCGAGGAGGAAACCUUUGCAAUGUGAAGAAAAGAACAAAACAAGUAAAGAAGAUGGAUUUGUGAAGAUGGAAUUCAUGAAAGUGCCUGAUUUUGCAGAAUGGUUACCACCUAAGAUGGAAGAUGAAUGCAGAAGCCAAUGCUUGAAAAACUUUUCUUGCUUAGCCUAUGCAUUUGACGCGGGGAUAGGCUGUAUGUCAUGGAGUAGAAGCUUGAUUGACAUUCAGGAAUUACAACGCGCUGGCACAACUCUUUACAUUCGUGUGGCAUAUUCUGAACUUGAUCAUCCCAGAGUGAUCAGACUAGUCGCAGUUCUAGUGAUCGUAUCUUUUUUAAUUGUUUGCGUUGGUGUGUUUCUUUGCUUGUUUUGGAUAUCAAGGCGAAGAAGUAAAAUAUGGUUUCAGUUUAAAAGAAACCAUCAGUUGCAUGGAAAGAAGAUCUCUUUGGAAGAAAAUAUUACUACCAAAGUUGAUUUGGAUGAUUUAUCAAUGUUCAAGUUUGAAGUGCUUGCAAUGUCCACAGACCAGUUUCAUGAGAAUAAUAAGCUUGGACAAGGUGGUUUUGGUCCGGUAUACAAGGGGAUAUUAGCAGAUGGGAAAGAAAUAGCAGUCAAGAGGCUUUCAACUGCCUCAGGACAAGGGAUGAAAGAGUUCAUGAAUGAAGUGUUGCUGAUAUCUACAGUCCAACAUAGAAACCUUGUUAAAUUAUUGGGAUGUUGCAUAGAAAAAGAGGAGAAGAUGUUGAUCUAUGAGUACUUGCCAAAUAAAAGCUUGGAUGUCUUUCUCUUUGAUCCAACACAUAAAAGAAUCUUGGAUUUGAGCAAACGCCUCCACAUUAUCGAAGGGAUUGGGCGAGGAUUACUUUAUCUACACAGAGAUUCAAGAAUAAAGAUAAUCCACAGAGAUCUAAAGCCAAGUAAUAUUUUGCUAGAUAAUGAUUUCAAUCCAAAGAUUUCAGACUUUGGCAUGGCUAGAAUUUUCAAAUGCAACCAAGAUCAAGCAGAGACAAGAAAAGUUGCAGGAACCUACGGGUAUAUGGCCCCAGAGUACGCCAUCAAAGGGAGAUUCUCUGAGAAAUCUGAUGUUUUUAGCUUUGGAGUGCUACUGUUGGAAAUCAUGUGUGGGCAAAAGGUUGCAAGUUUUUGGAAUGAGGAUAUCCCAUUAAGCCUUCUUGGAUAUGCAUGGGAACUCUGGAAAGAGAAUAAUACAUCAAAAUUCAUUGAUCCAGUGAUAUGGGAUCCAGACUUCGAAGUGGUGUUAAAGAGAUGCAUACACAUAGGUUUGUUGUGUGUGCAAGAAUUUGCUAGAGACAGGCCAACAAUUUCAACUGUUCUUUCCAUGCUUUCAAGUGAAGUUACAAGUUUGCCGGCACCAUUACAGCCUGCUUUCGCUAACUUCUUUGAGGAUAAUGGAGGUUCUGUAAAUUAUGUCACUUUGACAAACCUUGACGGCAGAUAAUUAAGUAUGAAAAUUGUAUGGCAGCUAGAUAAACGUCUGUUUUGGGAA